UUCCGGGGCGCUGCGUCAGUCCGCCAUGAACAGCGUCGGCGAGGCCUGCACGGAGCUGAAGCGCGACUACGACCAGUGCUUCAACCGCUGGUUCGCCGAGAAGUUCCUGAAGGGGGAGGCCGGCGACGGGGGGGACCCCUGCGUCCAGCUCUUCAAGCGCUACCAGCUCUGCGUCCAGAAAGCUAUUAAAGAGAAGGACAUACCCAUCGAAGGCUUGGAGUUCAUGGGCUCCAGCAAAGAAAAGUCUGAGAACUCUUCAUAAAUCUGAUGACAUCUGCAUCCCUCCCCCUGCCCAAGACCACGAAACAGGCAAACUAAAAUGAACUGGCUGCCAAACACGGAACUCACCCAAAUACCACUAAUGUGGGUGGGGAGAUACAGGGUGCUGCUUCCUUGCAAUGUUGGUCACAUCAAUCUAGUGGCUGCUGCUUCGUUUCCACUGUUGCUGGGAAAGGCUUUAUCAUGAUUGCCUAUGUACAGUCAUGUGAAAAAGUAAAUGCCCCUAUUGAAGUUUUUGACUUGUUCGACAUAGAGAUAUUUGAACUUCCACAAUAUUGACAAAGAGGACACAAUAUAACACAUAUCAUGCGCUGUUUAAAUUUUGUGGACCAUUGUAAAUUUAAAUAAAAAUAAUAGAAUUUUUUUGCAUGGAGAAAAAGUAAGUACAUCCCUAUUUAUCACUACCUCAAAUGGUGAAAAGUUGAGUUUUCGAUGAAUAGACCCAUUGUCAGAAUCUUGGAGGAACCUGUCUUUUUAAAUCCUCAGGCUUUUAGUUUGGUUUAUAGCCUUUGUUGCUGAAAUAUGUGUUAUCACCAUGCUUAGCUUGAAAGAAUGCUCUGGGGCUUUCCAAAAGAUUAUAGAAGCCAUGAAAAGGAUCACCAAACAACUGGGCAGCAAUCAUUCCAAUGAUUAUCUACAAAUGGAGAUUUCAAACAACAGCCAAUUUGGCCAGGCAUUUGGUAGUCAGUGAACAGAAUAAAAUGACUCAUUGUCCAGCCCAUUAGGUUCAUCUCAAGUGCAGAUGCAAGAGCGUGAAAUAAAUCCCUAAGAACCUCAGAAUUUUGUCACAUGACCAACAGGUAAACUCUCUUUACUAUUGAUAUUGAACUGUAUGGUUCCACCACUAGAAUGAAGCUGUACAAAUCUUCAUGGGAAGUAAGCCAGGAAACCUUUGCCCUCCAGAAGGACCAUCAAGACAAGACUGGUUACCUCAUGAACCCCUAGACGUCGUGGCCCAUGACUCGAACAACUCUUGAGUCUAUAAAGAAGCUGCUCCCAACUAAACCAGCAGAAUGUCAGCCUCAGGAGACACCAACCCAGGAAUCCCGAGGCUGAUCAAAAGCAUCAGACUAACUGGAGCAGUCAAAUCAUGAGGUGUGCCCCUCCAUCAAACACCUGGCAAGUUUUAUUUUCAAAGACCCUCUGCUGACCCUUAGGUAAAUUGCUUAUCACCAAG